UUCGCGUACUACAAAUAUGACCCGUCCACAGCAGCCAAUGCCAUCUUCGUCGCCUUGUUCAGCAUCACCGCCGUCGGCCACGCGUUUCUGCUCGCUAGGAACAGGACGUGGUACUUUAUCCCGUUCUUGGUGGGAUGUCUUUUCGAAGCAGUCGGUUACAUAGGUCGUGUGAUCUCCGCCGGGGAAACACCCGACUGGACCUUGACGCCGUACCUCAUACAGAGUCUCCUGAUCCUCUUGGGACCCUCCCUCUAUGCCGCGUCCAUCUACAUGAUUCUCGGCCGACUCACUUGCAUGCUGGAGGCAGAGGCGUACUCGGUCAUCAGGGUGAAGUGGUUGACUAAGAUAUUCGUGUUGGGUGACGUCUUUUCAUUUCUGGCGCAGGGUGCUGGCGGCGGCAUCCUCGCCAAGGCUACCACCCCCAAAGACCAAGACCUCGGCAACAACAUCAUCCUCGUCGGCCUGGGCAUCCAAAUCGCCUUCUUUGGGCUCUUCAUCAUCACCACCAUUAUCUUUCAUUUGCGCAUCGCCGCCAACCCGACCGCCAAGUCUUACUCCGUCGCCGUCCCAUGGCGCCAGCUACUUUGGGUCCUGUACGUGACCAACACGCUCAUCCUGAUCCGCUCAGUGUUUCGCAUGAUCGAGUACGCCUUGGGUUGGGAUUCCAUUUUGAUGAAGCGCGAGGUGUACCUGCUGGUAUUGGACGGCAUGCUCAUGGUGAUUGUGAGCGUGGCGUUUAUGCGGUAUCAUCCCAGCAAGUUUCUGGUGGGGUAUAAGCAGGUU